ACACAUGCACUGUUUGGAAAACGUGCUUGAGCUGUUUAAGCUUGAGUGCACCUAGUGGAGAGAUGGGUCAGUGAGGAGCUACUAACCUGACUGAUCUCUAUAUCUUAAUCUUACACGGCGAUAAAAACUGGACUUUGCUGGAUUCAGCCUUAAGGAAGUCAACCUCCAAAAGUGCAUGGCAAAUUUCCUACGUUUGUACAGUAAUUACUUCAGAAGAAAUAACUGACUUUGGAAAAGGAUUUUCUAUGACGUAUAUAUGCCCCAUUCCAAUGGCCUGCGCGGUGACGUCACCCAGGUGGCUCUAACUGUAAUCUGCAUACACGAAACUCAGCUGUCAUUCACAUCACUGCCAUCGCCACAGCCACAUCAGACCGAAACCGGAUCUGCGAUUUCAGCCAUAAGAAAAUUUCGGAUCUGGGGAUCGAGACUGCCAGUCAGCAAUGGAGGUGCAGAAUCCCUCCUAUUACAACCAAAGCUACGCCACGACUACAAACUGUUACAGUUCUCACACCUUCAGAGAUUGUGGGAACGACCGUGGUCAAGUUUCCCAACGUUUUAACAGCUCCUCGUUUUUACCUCCUAUUUUGGACGGCGUGUUACAUUCCAAGAGGACAGAACGAUUUACUCCCUCUGUGCAGAAGGAUAAACCCAAGAUACUCCGGCCAUCCAAACACGGUUACCACCGACGGGGGAAUUCGCCAACAUUUAAGCUUUUGGCCGAAGUUAGUGAAAAACUUCAAGUCCUAGUGGACAGACAGACGAUAAAAAAGGUAGUAACGUCUGGAAAUAAUGCGAGUGGAGAGGACGAUGCGGAUUUGAGCGUAGAAUAUUUUGGAGAUUGUUCUAGCUCGCCUGGUGAUGAGCAGGGCUGUGUUUCUCCUCCAUGCUCAAACGGGGGAACAAUGCUUGAAUUGAACGACUAUUCAUCUGACAUAAGUUCACCCGGUUCUAUUAUUUUGACUCCGAUCUUGCCAGUUAGACAUUUUUCUACCAGUAGGACCAACGUUCAGCUGCACUUUUACCUUCCGCAAUUGACGGAAACAACCGAUAGAGAACAAUCUUCUCAAGAACUGCCAUGGUCCACGACGAACGAUAACUCCGAAAACACAAGGAGUCAAGACUACGCAGACUUCUAUGACGUCAGACCUUGUUGUGUGGAAGAUGAAGAAGAGAGAAAAAGUUGUGAUUACAAAAGGACCUCUACAACAUAUUCUAAAUCAACUUCAAAAAGUGGACAUCGAAAAAGUAAGUCUAAAAAAUCCAAAGCGCCAAAAGGAUCUGUUAAAAAACAGAUAAGCGACUCGCAAAGAUCUGUGUUUCCAAAUAUCAGUCGUGACAUCAUUGUCAGCGGAAAUGAUAAGGGCCUUCUAACAGAGCAAAUUGAUCUCCUGAAUGACGUAACCACGCUCAUUUCCGAACAGAAAGACUUGCUACCGUUCCCAGAAGCGUCUUACAAGCUGCCGGAUUUAUUCCAAAAUGGCAGCAUUCCUCAAGACGAAAGUGACGAAAGCAGCCGUUGUUUCAGUUUUAGCCACCGACUCAGCUGCUAUCCCACGAAUGUGGACCCUUCCAAGGGUCUAAACUCUAAAUCUGACUGCCCAAUCUGUAAGUACAAAAUCCCUUCCCCGAAAAAGUUUGUGGACCGCCUUAGUGACAUCGACAACGCUGAUACCGAUGACUUAAACAACAACAACAAAUCAUUGGAACUUCUUAGCUGGGUGUCAAAAUGUUGACGCCGAGAAUUUAAGGUCAAAGAGAAGUGUAAAAUAAACGUUUUCCAGAAGAUACUGAAUAAUUGUUACUCUGUGCUGGGGAUGAUGUUCGGAUCAUGCGUGCAUGGGGUCGCAUGUAACCUCCGGUGAAUGUACAGCCUAAACUCGUGCCACUUCUGAGUUGGAUGCCGCGCUUGAGUGUGCAUACUUGCUCACCGAAGAUAUUGUAAGAAAAUGAAACCGCCAAACGAGUAUUGAAAUAAACAUGUGUUAACAUGAACGGAUAUAUCCACUAACUGGGGCCUUAACGAUAUGACAGUGUUAUUAUUGUGUCAGUUUUAUAUGCUUUAUACGCGCAGGAAACUUUUUUAUGGUCGUUUUCUUUCGUGUCAUUUUAUACCUAUUUGUUAAUUUAUUAUUCAUUUAGCUAAGAAACUUAUUCAUGAUGUAAGACGAACAUAAUAGCCUAUACAUUCAAUACUCAUGUUACGAGAAAACCAAUAAAAGUCAAAUAAAAAUCUGUCAAGUAUUAUUAUGACAACUU